GCCCAUAUAGUGGUCAUAUGUAUUAUGCGGCAUAUGAGAGAGAAGAAAAAGAUGAUAAAAUGUUUCCAAAAUGAGCACAGUGCUCUUUCAAAUUUUAAUAAUUGGCUAAAUAUAUUAGGUGGGGAACAAUUGAAACAAUUAUUUUUGUUGAUGCCAUUGCUGGCAAAGUGGUUCUCUGUCGACAAUAUCUAUCUAUAAAUAUAAUUAAACAGCUUUAGGAAAAGCCAAAAACACAAACUAUAAGAUAUAGUAAGUACAGUGCCACAACGCAUUGAAGCACCAAAAGAACACAGAAAGCUCCUGCCUGCCUACCCCAAAUUUUAUAGUAUCUUCCCUCUUUGGGGAUCGAUGGAAAGAGAAUAUAUUAUGGAGUUGUUAAAGGGAAUUGUGGCUCCAGUAUUGGUAUUGGGGAUGGGGUUGGUGGUGUCAUGGGGGUACAAGGCAGUAAUAUCAGUAGUGAGACCACCGCCACCCAAAAUAUGUGGGUCGUUAGAGGGACCACCGAUUACUGCUCCAAGAGUUAAGCUAAGGGAUGGAAGGUAUUUGGCUUACGAGGAAUUUGGAGUCCCUAAACAACAAGCCAACUAUAACAUCAUAUUCAUUCAUGGCUUCUCUUCCUCCAGACAUGGACCAUCAAUUCUUUCCACUGAUCUUUCUCCUCCGGAUAUUAUUGAAGAACUAGGUGUUCACAUAGUGGGAUUUGACAAACCAGGGUAUGGAGAAAGUGACCCAGAUCCUAACCAAACAGUGAAGAGUUUGGCUUUGGAUAUAGAAGAGCUUGCUGACCAUUUGGGACUUGGAUCCAAAUUCUAUGUGCUUGGAAAUUCCAUGGGUGGCCAAGCUGUUUGGGGUUGCCUCAAGUACAUCCCUAAUAGACUUGCAGGAGCAGGACUAAUUGCCCCUGUUAUAAACUAUCGAUGGCCAUCAUUCCCUGCUAAGUUAUGGAAAGAGUGCUAUUCAAGACAGCCAAAAGAAGAUCAAUGGGCACUAAGAGUUGCUUACUACAUCCCAUGGCUAACCUAUUGGUGGAACACUCAAACUUGGUUCCCUUCUUCCACAGUUAUAAGUGGAAAUCCUAUCAAUAUCUCUGCUCAAGAUCACCAAAUCUUGAACAACUCACUCUCAAAAAUGACUCCAGAAAAGGAAAAGCACAAGCAACAAGUGGCACAACAAGGACAAUUCGAGUCGUUUCAUCGAGCAAUGAUGGUUGGAUUUGGGAAGUGGGAGUUCGAUCCAAUGGAUUUGAAGAACCCUUUUCCCAACAAUGAAGGAAGAGUCCAUCUAUGGCAAGGAGAGGAAGAUAAGCUUGUCCCAUUGGAGCUUCAACGUUACAUUGUUGAUAAGCUUCCAUGGAUUCACUACCAUGAGUUGCCUGGUGCUGGUCAUUUUUUUAUAAAUGCUCAUGGAAUGGGUCAAGCUAUCUUAAACCAAUUCUUAAUUCACAACUAGAUUAUAAUGCUCACUUUAGUAUUAUUCUAUAAUUAUUAUGAGAGGAGGGAAUUAAUUAAUGGACUGAAAAUAGUUUUUAUUAAGUACCCAAUGUGUUAUUUUUGUUGUGAGUUUUCUUGUGACAUGCUUAGAGCAUCUUCAAUAUAAUAAGUAUGGUGAAUAUGUAUAUAUUUUUGGAAAUUAUUCCAUAUAUACUCUUUUUUUUAAUUUUUUUUUUUUUAAAUUUACUGUUUGGGUUUCUAAA